AUGGCAGUCACGGAGACUGCUGUGCCCUUCGUCGCUGUGGUGGCGAGCAUCCUGCUGGUGGUGCCCUGGGCGGCGCCCGCCCUCGGGGCGCCACAGGGUCCGGGGCGUGCGCCCGGCCCCGCCAAACUGCUGCCGCCGCCGACGUGCCCAGGCGUCACGGGCGGCGUCUGCACGUUGGACUGCCAGCGGGCGACGUGCGAAGCGCUGGCAGCCUUCUUGCGGCUGACAUUCAACGCGUCCAACCCUUGGCAGCACGACGAGACCUGGAACGUGACCCGCAGCCGGCCCUGCAGCGCGAUCGUGCCGCGCGGCGCGGGCGCGGCGCCGCCAGCGUACUGCCGCUGGUACGGCAUCGCGUGCUGCGACCCCGCGGGGCUCGCUGCGGGCGCCUGCCGCGCGGUGCACAGCGUGGCCGUCAUCAACAUCACAGCCGACAGCCUCAACGGCAGCUACUCAGACCCGCCGCUCAUGGACGCGCUCGAGUUGCUGCACGCAUGCGGCAUGGUGGGGCUCAACCUCGAGUCCAACGACAUGAGCGGGGAGCUGGGGCCGCGGUGGGGGCGCUUCACCAAUCUGAGGACCCUCAACCUCGCCAACAGCUGGCUGGCCGGCCUGAUCCCGCCCGAGCUGGCAAACCUCAAAAAGCUCGAGGAGCUGGAGCUCGGCGAGAACUUCCUAGCGGGAACGAUCGGCGACUGGAUAGGCGACCUGAAGUUUCUGAGGGUGCUCAACCUGGGCGCCAACGCGGGCAUCAACGAGGGGCCCGGCGAGCUGGCGGGGCUGAGGGGGUCAAUACCUGACACCAUCGCCAACCUGAGGAAUUUGGUGGAGCUGGAUCUGCAGAUCAACUCGCUGACAGGGACGAUCCCGCCGAACCUGUGCGGCGCCAACACAUCCAUGCGCGUGCUCAACGUGCGGGCCAACCAGAUCGGCGGCCCUGCCAGCCCCGUCACAAAGUGCACGCGCCUGGCAUCGCUGGACCUCGGUUUCAAUGAGUUCACCGGCAGCCUGCCCGCCACAAAGGAUUGGGACCACAUGGUGUCCCUGAUGCUGGGUCACAACAAGUUUUCGGGGGAGAUGCCCGAUGACCUGUACCAGAUCCCCCUGGUCACGUACCUCGACAUCUCCAACAACAACCUGGUGGGCGAGGUAAACGACGGCAUCAGCCUGCUCAUCUACCUGACAGAUUUUGAUGCCUCUGGCAACCACCUCACCGGCGCCGUCGGCAGCGGCCUCUUCUUCCUGCCACAGAUCCAGCGCCUGAACAUCGCGAACAACCGCUUCACCGGGACGCUCGACCCAAACCUAGGCCUGGCCUACAACCUGCGAGAGCUGAUCCUCGCCAACAACACGCCCCUCGUCGGCCGCUUCCCCGACGAGGCCGCCGGUCUGGCGCACCUCCACCGCGUGGGCCUGGUCGGCACCAACAUGAGCUGCGUGCCGCAGGACGUCGCAGAGGCCGCCGAGGCGGAGCGCGCCGCUGGGCGCAACCCCGGCGUCUUCAAGUGCCCCGAGAAGGGCCUGCUGCCGUGCUUCCUGGAUUUUGAGUCGUACACGAUCCCGCUCAGCGACAACAGCAGGAUGAGCUGCCGGCCGAUCAGGCGGCGGGCGAUGGACGAGGUGAUGGCGACGUGCCCGCCGGCGGCGCUGCUGUCGGCGCCGGACAAGGCAGAGGAGGUUCUCGCGGCGCAGUGGGACCUGCCGCCGGCUUAUUAUCAGUACCAGGGCUGCGCCUGCCUGGAGGGCUGGCUGCCGGUGUGGUCGCUCAACGGCACGCGGCUGGAAUGCGUGCAGGACAGCCGGGUUUCGCUACCCGCCUGGACCUGGGUGCUGGUCGCGCUCGGCGCCGCCCUCGUGCUGCUGGCGGGCUCGCUGCUGCUGCUGAGCAGCCGACUGCUGCUGUUCCGCAGCCGUUGGCUGCGGGAGGCGGAGCUCAAGCGGAAGCGGCGGCUAGGGUUACCCAAGGAGGGAGACAACGUGUGCGUGGUGGUGACCGACAUCGAAGGCUACUCAUCCCUGAUGAAGGCAAGCCAGAGCCUGACCACCAAGGCGCUGUCGAUGCACAACGCGGUGCUGCGCAAGGCGGUCAACGACAAUGCGGGCCACGUGUUUGACCAGGAGGGCGACUCGUGGCGCAUCGCGUUUUACGAGGCGCAGGACGCCGUGGCCUGCUGCCUGCAGGCGCAGCAGGCCAUGCACAAGGUCGACUGGCCCCUCGGCCUCAUGGGCGGCCACUAUGGCCACGGCAGCGACGCCGAACUGGCCGCCGGCGGCAGCCGCGCCUCGGCCGCCAGCCUGCCCAGCACCCUGUCCAGCCGCCCUCACAGCCGCCUGCGGCAGCUGCUGGGCGUGGGCAGCCUGGGGCUGAUGUCUCAGUGGUCGUCCACCAGCGCAAGUGGCAGUUGGAUAGGCCCGAUCCCGUCUAUGCAGCCGAACGCGUUUGCGCCGGUCGGCGCGCUGCCGUCGUUCACCGAGGAGGACGAGCGCGCGGACACCAGUGCGCAUGGCGGGGAUGCGGAGGCGGCGCAGCAGCAGCGGCAGCGGCAGCAGCAGCAGGGCGCGGGGACGGUCGGCGGGGCCGGCAAUGAAGAUGACGAUCUGGACAAGUCGAACAGCCUCAGCAGCGUUGUGCCCAUCGUGAUCGACCCAAAUCCCAGCGGAUUGUCGGGCUCCAGCAAUCUCGAGAACGCCCUCGGCGCGGGCGGCGGCGCCACGGGCGCCGAGCGUGGCCCCACCACGCGCAACGGCGUCACCGCGGGCACGCCGGGGAUGCAGCGCGCCGGCAGCGGCGGCGGCGGCCGGCGGCGGUUCCUGCGGCUGCUGAUGCGCCAGAACGAAGGCGCGGCGGCGGCGGAGGGCAUGUUCUAUGGCUUGCGGGUGCGGAUGGGUGUAGCUACCGGGAAGCUGCCGCUGGGCGUGGACGUCUCAAAGAGCGCAGUGCUCGACCUCGCACAGGUUGUGUCUGACAUGGCCAACGGCGGCCAGGUGCUUGUUGAUGCUGCGACGUUUGAGCAGAUCAAGGAUCACCCCGGCUUGGCAGCAGUGGACCACCACGGGUACAACGACAGGCUGCUGGUUGACCGCGCGGGGAUGGGCGCCGCUGCGCUGUGCGGCUCCUGCAGGUCAAAGUGCUGCGGCGACCACGUUGACGAGCGCGGCGCGGCGGGGCCGGCCGCCACCGAGGGCUCGAGCCUCGUAGUGUUGGACAUGGGCGAGUACGAGGUGCCGGGGAUCAGCGUUGCCGCCGCGCGCGGUGCCGGCGCGCCGCCGGCCGGCGAGCUUGGCUCAGAGCAGGAGCUCCGCCCAGAGAGCCCCUCCCUCGCACCGCUGCUGCCGCCGGCGCGGCACGUGCCGUCGGCGCCGGGGACGCCGACGGCAGGCGCGGCAGUGGCGGGGCCACGGCGGUCGCUGCAGCUGUCGACGGCUGUGGCCGCGACUGUCCUGAACGGCGCCUCGCCCGCUGCUGUCGGCGCUCCGUAUGCGGACGCGGCAGGUGGGGCGACGGUGCCGCCAUCAGCCCAGCAGCAGCCCUAUAAGCAGCAGCAGCAGCAGCCAGAGCAGGAGCAGAAGCAGGAGCAGCAGCCGCAUCACAAGCCUGAUCGGUUACGGGUGUACACAGUCCUGCCUGCCUGCUUGGCUGCCCGUGCCAAAGUCUGGGGCAGCUCGCUAUCCCUGAAAGAGGGCUGGCGCCAGACGGAUCGCGGCUUCUUCGAUGCGCCUGGCGCGGUCACAGCUGCGACCCUCACGCCGCGCGACGCGGCGCCGGCCGCGGACGCGAUGCCGCGGGUGACCAUGGUGUUUGCGUGCGUGGAGGGCGCCAAGUGGCUAGUGCGGUGGCGGCACGCGGGCGAAGUGCGGGAGAUGGCACGCCUGCUGCGAAUGGUGCUGGUGGCGGCGCUGCGCGCGGUGCCUGGCGGGUACCUGUGCCGCGAGCAGGAGGGCGGCCUGCGCUACAUGCUGGCGUUCGGGUCGGCCGAGGCUGCGCUGCAGUGGUGCCUACUGGUGCAGGAGGCGCUCAUGUACGCGCCCUGGCCGGCGGCACUGCUGGCGCUGCCCGAGUUUGGCGAGCAGCACACGCCGGACGGCGGCACGCUGCUGUUCCGCGGGCCGCGCGUGAAGAUGGGCGUGUGCGAGGGCCGGCCGCGCAGCCUGGUGGCCGACCACGUUGGCCGCGCCGACUACUUUGGCGCGAGCGUCAACCAGGCGGCGCGCUACAUGGACGCGGCGGCGCACGGCGGCCAGGUGGCGUGCGAGCUGGAUUUCGCGACGGCGGUGUUCAGGUGGGCGCGCCGGGUCGCCGCGUUUUGCGUGUGUCCCCACCUGCAAACCUCAGAGCAGCGGCCGCCUCGACCGGCAGUCUGA